AUGUCAGAUUCGAAACGGAAGGCCGAUUUUGAAGAGGCAAUCACCACAGCCCGUUCACACAAUACAACUGAGCUGCAGGAUAUUCAAUGCCUAGAAGAUUACUUUCGAUUUAUCAACGACCAGCUUCAUUGGAUACCAAGCGAAGCUGCGCGGCCCAAGGACAUUCUCUACCGGAUAUGUAAAGCGUGGUUUGUUCUCGACCAGCCCUCUGUCGCCGCUUAUCAGGGCGCAACUCAGCCAUCAUCUGAGCCGGAAAACAGCCAACAUGACAAACUCACCUGGCUCUCAGACUGGAUAGUACGCUUCAGCAAGGAAAUCGGAACAUUUAUGGAUUCACCAGCUUCCUCAGCCUCACUGGAUACAUUCAAGGCAAGUCCCGCGUACAAUAUAGAAGACUACUUCGAACCUCGAGGAGGAUGGAGGACAUUUAACGAAUUCUUUUGCCGCAACGUCAAGCCUGGCCGACGGCCCAUUACUGCCAUUGGGGACAACUCAGUUUUAACAUGCCCCGCCGAUUUUGUGUUUGAAGAGCUUUAUUCAGUCUCUGCAGAUUCUACCGUGACCACGAAAGGACUCAAGUGGCGGAUCGCUCAACUGCUCGAUGAUUCGCUGUACAAGGAGUGUUUCACUGAUGGGACGUGGCUGCAUGGGUUCCUGGACGUGAAUGAUUAUCACCGAGUACAUGCACCUGUCAGCGGAACGGUCUUGGAGGCCCGAACGAUUGUCGGUCGAAACUAUAUGCAGGUUUAUGCUACCAGCCUUCCAGGACCGGAUGCUGUGCCAAAUAGAGCCGCACAAACGAACAUAGUCAUUGACACAGCCGGCGCAGUGCUUAGUGUCCGCAACGAGACAGGCUACCAGUUCUGCCAAGCUAGAGGACUGAUUGUGCUGGAUACAGGCUCUGGUCUGGUUGCCGUGUUGCCUGUCGGUAUGGCCAUGGUGUCAUCAGUCAUUCUUACUGUUGAAGCUGGCGCAAAAUUACAUAAAGGUGAAGAGCUGGCGUAUUUUCAAUUCGGCGGGUCGGAUGUUGUUUUGAUCUUUGAAGACAGGCUGAAGGUUGACAUCACUAUGGAACGGGGACAGCAUUAUAGGAUGGGCGUGGAGAUCGGUCAUUGCAAGUGUUCUUAA